UUAUUAAUUUUAUACACCUAUAAGUUUUACAAUACUGAUCUCCACGCCUUAGGACUAGUAUUUUUGGAUUCUACUUGAAUUUUACAUUUUGUAAGAAAUUAUCAUAUCAUAUAAAAAGAAGUUACAAAUUCGGUGUGCUCAAAACAAAGUCCAGCCGCCAGAUCAGUUCAAAAUAUGUAAAACAGAAUUAGCUGGUGAAGUCUUCGAUUUUGUCAAACAUCCUUCUUACCUCUUGGUUAUUAAAAUAAAAAAUAACUUAUGGUCUAAAAUGUCUGAGAUAAUUUUCUAAAGUACUGAUAUUUCAUAUUUUUCAUACUCACAUUUAAGCUGGAAAAUGAUCAAAGUAAUUAAACACAUAUAUUCUUGUAACUACUAAUAAAUUUGGGAUAAACAUUGCCUUUUUCUAUCCUACUGAAUAUAACAAUAAGAUAAAUAUAUAAUACUAUCAUGACGGGACGUGGCAGAGGAAGAGGUAAACCCUCCAUGUCAAUCAGUACAGAUCAAUUAGGCUUUGCUAAAGGAGAAGCAUUACCUCCACCAGUCUUACAACCUCCAUUAAAAUAUCCUCUUCUAGAAUAUAAACCAUUGCCUUUAAAUAUUACUAAAGAAAUGAGUUAUUUGUUGGAAUUAAAGAAAGGAUAUGCAGAAUAUAUGAGAGAAUCACCUAACAAUGUUUUGCCUUUAGUAAUUAAAAAAGAUAUUGAGAGGUAUUCAGAUCGAUAUCAAGACUUGAUUACUGAUAAAAGUAGUUAUGAGAGUAGAUAUGAUUGGAGCAGAAUGCCUGUAGAAUUAAAGCCUCAAUUGCGAAGAGGACAAAAGCGUAAAGGACAAAAAUGUGAGAACCCACAGACAAAACAUAAGAACGUUGAUAUAGAGUCAAAGUUGCAAGAAUUAGAAAAAAAAGAAAGUUUGCAACAAAGUGAUGCAGAGGAAGAAGAAAAGGAGGAGGAAGAAACAGAAGGAAAGGAUGAUGAGCAGGCAGAAGACGAGGAAGAAGAACUAGAUGAAGAAAUGGAUGAAGGGACUGAUUACGUGAAUAAUUAUUUCGAUAAUGGAGAAGGUUACGAUGAUGAAGACGAUAAUGUAGAUGAUGGGCCAAUUUAUUAAGAUAGUUUCUACAAGAAUCAAAAAUUUCCAUUUCA